AUGGGGGAGAAGACGCACCAAGUCGCAACCGUGGUGUUCCUCCUCUGCAGUCUCUCCCUGUUGCUCACCAGAGCGAACCGCCACCUCUCGCCGCCGGGGACGGCGGAGCGCCGCCAGUUAGAGCCGGUGGGGUUUCUCCUCUCCCGGGCCUCCGCGGUGGCGCUGGUCUACCUCUCCACCGCCGCCUGUGGCGGCGCCGCCACUGAGGCGCUCGACAGAGCCAGGCGGACUUGGCGGAGACCGGCGGCGACUCUGCUCCACAUCGAGCUCCUCGCCGCCGCGUGGUCUUCGCUGCUGUGGGCGCUCGCCGCCCUCACAAGGGCGAUCAGCGGCACCGCCAUGGAGGCGCUGUUCAUCGCCGCCGUAAUGGUCAUCGCGGUGUGGCUGGGACCGGUGCUGUUCGCCCACUCGGAGAUCGCCUGCAAGCUCAGCGUGGUGGUGGCGGCGGCGGAGGAGGAGAGAGAGGGGGCGGCGGCGCUGCAGAGGGCGGAGGAGCUCGUGAGAGGGAGGAGGCUUCAAGGGUUCCUCCUCACCGCCGUCUUAGCCCAGCUGGACAAGUCAACGGCGGAGGCGGCGGCGGCGGGAAGCUUCACGGCCGCCGGAUUUCACAUCGCCGCCAAGUUUCUCUCCUGCGUAGCAUACACCAAGUUCUACCAGGAGUGCAAGAAGCGCCACCAGGGAGGGAAAAGCUCCUCCAAUCGUUAG